AAAAGAACACGCACCGUUCCGAGUGGGGAGUGGAGGACGGAGGAGAAGCUGCUCUCGCCUUCCGCGCAGUGCAAUAUUUAAAAGGAGUAGCGCGUGCUGCUGCCCGGAGAUUCCUGCAGUCUGAACCCCGGCGCGCGGCGACCGCAGGCAGUUCGCGUCCAAGGCUGCCUGCUGGGUUGAGGUGUAUCGGGGCUUCCUGCUGAGCCCCACGCCCCUCCGAUGAACCCCAUCAACCCCAUGAAACCCGCCCUGCCUCCAACGCCACACAGUGACGGCUCCUACCCAUAUGACCCUGUCUCUUGGCAGCAAGGCAGCAAUCAGCCAGCAGGUUCCCUCUCGGUGGUAACCACUGUGUGGGGGGUGACCAAUCCCUCGCCCAGCCAGCAGGUGCUGGGCAAUCCCAUGGGUCCAGGUGGAAACUCGGCUGGUGGUCACAUGAUGCCCGGCAGCAGCCCGGGAAUGAGCUCUCCGCAGUUCAUGGGCCAGCAGGGAUACCCCGAGCCCAGCAAGGGCUAUAUGCAGCAGGGGCUGUACGGCCGGCCGGGAGGGGGCUACCCCGGCGGGCCGGGAUACGGGGGCAGCUACCCCAGCAGUGGCGGUGGGUCGAUGGGGAUGCCCCCCCACGGCGUGCGUCCCUCUGCCGACUUCACCCAGGCGGCGGCGGCGGCCGCGGUGGCCGCGGCGGCUGCCACGGCGACGGCCACAGCCACGGCGGUGGCGGCGAUACAGGAGAAACAAAACCAGGAGCUGAACUACGGACCGAUGGGUGGCGCUUCCUCCUAUAACAGCCAGUUCCUGCCUCACUCGGGCCCUAGAGGACCCCCUGGCAUGACCGCCACAGGCAUGGGCCCCUCCCGACCCCCCUCCAUGGCGCCCCUGUAUAACUCACAGGGCCAGCGGCUUCCUCAGCACCCAGGGUACCCUGGGGGCCCCCAGGGGCCACCACGCCCACAACAGGGCCUGAAAAGGCCUUAUAACUCUGAGGGUUUCCCAGGCCAGCAGUACGGUCCCGGGAUGGGCAGCGGGGGGCCAUACGCAGGUCAGCCCAUGCAGUACCACGGCCCCGGCGCCCAGCGCUCUGCCCCCUCACCCUCUUACCCCGGGCACAGGAUGCCAAUGCAGCAGGGCGGCAUGGGGCAGUACCCCCCGGGUCCUGGCAACCCGGGGCAAUAUUACAAGGCGGCCGAGCAGUUUAAUGGACAGGGCACCAGCCUUCCAGGGGCAGGGGCAGGGCCAGGGGGCUACAGCAGCUUCAGCCAGCCUGCUGUCAAUGGGCCGGGGCGAGCGAUGCCAGGGUACCCCAGCUCGCCCCUCCCUGGUAACCCCACCCCACCCAUGACGCCUGGCAGUAACAUGCCACCUUACAUGUCACCAGGACAGGACGUGAAGUCCCCGUUCCUGACCGAUAUCAAACCCAACAUCAACUCUCUGCCGCCUCCCCCUACAGGUAACCCUAGCGAUGACCUGCGGCUGACGUUUCCCGUACGGGAUGGGGUGGUGCUGGAGCCUUUCCGAUUGGAGCACAACCUGGCAGUCAGCAACCAUGUGUUCCAGCUGCGGGACUCGGUGUACAAGACUCUGAUGAUGAGGCCGGACCUGGAGCUGCAGUUCAAGUGUUACCACCACGAAGACAGGCAGAUGAACACCAACUGGCCGGCCUCGGUGCAGGUCAGCGUCAACGCCACCCCUCUCAGCAUCGAGCGAGGGGACAACAAGACCUCCCACAAGCCCCUCUACCUGAAGCAGGUGUGCCAGCCUGGAAGGAACACCAUCCAGAUAACGGUCACCGCCUGCUGCUGUUCCCACCUGUUCGUGCUGCAGCUGGUGCACCGGCCCUCGGUGCGCUCGGUGCUGCAGGGCCUGAUGAAGAAACGACUGCUGCCCGCGGAGCACUGCGUCACCAAGAUAAAGCGGAACUUCAGCAGCGGCACUAUCCCAGGCACCCCGGGGCUCAACGGGGAGGACGGGGUGGAGCAGACGGCCAUCAAGGUGUCGCUCAAGUGUCCGAUCACCUUCCGUCGCAUCCAGCUGCCUGCCCGGGGCCACGACUGCCGGCACAUACAGUGCUUUGAUCUGGAGUCCUACCUGCAGCUGAACUGUGAGAGAGGAACUUGGCGUUGUCCUGUGUGCAAUAAAACAGCCCUGCUGGAAGGCCUGGAGGUGGACCAGUACAUGCUGGGGAUCCUCAUUUAUAUCCAGAACUCCGAGUACGAGGAGAUCACGAUCGACCCGCUGUGCAGCUGGAAGCCGGUCCCAGUCAAGCCCGACAUCCACAUCAAGGAAGACCCGGACGGGCCAGCGCUGAAGCGCUGCCGCACUCUGAGCCCCAGUCACAUGAUUCUGCCCAGUGUCAUGGAGAUGAUUGCAGCCCUGGGCCCCUCCUCCACUCCAUACCCACCCCUGCCACCGGGGGGCAGCAACAGCACGCCGGAGUACCCCAGCCAGGGUUCAGGAUACUCUGGCCAGCCUAACUUCCCCGAUUUCCCUCCCAACGCCCCGGGGACCCCUACCUUGGGGGAGUUCAAUCCCGGACCCCCACCUCUGUCUUACCAGGCCGACCUGCCCAGCGGGCUGCUGACCCCUGAGAAGCCCCUGGGCCACUCCAUGCCUGCGCAGAUGCCUCACUCUGGACGCAUGGACCCCUCCCAUAAUCCCUUGCAGCAACAGCAGCAGCAACAGCAGCAUCAGGGUCUCCAUGGAAACUCGCACAUGGCCGGGCAGGGGGGCCCACCACUCCAUCCCCGCAACCCUUCCCAGAAUCCCCGGUUGCACACGGAUGGCUCCUUCGGGCUAGGAGGCCCUGGAGGGGCAGGAGAGGUGCCAGAACCGUCUCUCGAUCUGCUCCCCGAGCUGACGAACCCCGACGAGCUCCUCUCGUACCUUGGCCCCCCCGAUCUGCCCAACAACAGCAACGACGACCUGCUCUCUCUCUUCGAGAACAACUGAGCGAGUCCGACUGCACCUCCCACGCCCGCUGCGGGGGCCACGAGCCACACCUCCCUGGAUCCUCUUCCGAGACCUUCCGAGACGGUCCUCGCCUCCAACUCCCAGAAUCCAUUCAGAGGAAUGUACUUCCUUGCAUUCCCUUGCAGCGGGAAACCACGAGAAAACUACAUUUCCCAGAGUUCCUUAGGCCAGUCUCACACACACAAAAAAAAACAUUUGUAACGCAGCAGAGUAGUUCCACUCAUGUCUUCGAGCAUGACAAAAUCACCCAUGCUUCUUGGGCUAUGACCUUCAGACUUAAGGUCUCAUCCCUUCCAUCCUUGGCUCAAACAAGCCCGUCCCAUUGCAAUGAGAGAACUACAAAUCCCACAGUUCCUAGAAGCCGAUCCUUCUGUUGCAGACAUUGAUAGUGUUUGCCACUGCAAAAAAAGGUAAAGCCUUCAAGAAGCCCUUGGGCAGGUCUCAGAGCGAAAGCAGCAUUCCGUUGGGAGAUUUUCCCUUGCCAGUCCCUAACCCUUUUUCUUCAAGACAGGGGUGAGAGACAAAGAAGCUACAGCAAAUAUUUUUUUUUUAUUUAAUGAAAUCAAUUAGUAAGUGAAGGAAAAAAAGACAGUUCAGAUGUCCUAAGUUUUGGAAUCUUUUCAGCUGAGAUGUUUUUGUACAGAAUCCCAUAAGUUUUCUGAUGAUGACUUGGGAACUGCACUAAGACUGGUGGGGGUAGGUGUCGAAGAUGGGGAAUUGGGGUGCAUGUGGAUUAUGGCAGGGAUGUUGUGCUCAAGUGCACCAGAAUGCACAGUGCAGACGGAUGCCUCAUUUAAUCCCCUUGUGGUCUUGACAUUUCUUCCCUGCGCUUGGUAUCUGUGGUUUCAAGCGAAGGCUUUGCAGGCUGUUUCAAACCAAUCUCAAAAUGCCAUUUUAUUUUAACCUGUAAGUCUAAAUUGUUUUAAUUUUUUUUAAAAAGAUUUUAUUAAUCUAAAAACAGACAUGUAAAGUAAACCAUGUGUCCCACUAAACAUCUAUAGUGUCCAUGAAGUCUGUAUAUAGAGCUCAGAAUGGAUAGAAAAUGCAUUGUAUCCUUAGCAGGGAACUUGAAAAGGCCUUGUCUCGUCUCCUUUUGAUUAGGCACUGUACAAAGCAUUUUCUUCACCUUUCCUCCUUUCUUUUAGAUGUGCAUAAUGUGUUCACAAUACCAGUUUAACAAUUUGGAAUUUGAAUUGGUGACGAUUUUAUCUGAAGUGACUUGUAUCUGUACCCAUCAGUAUGGCAGGGGAGAUUUACUGGAGCAAUCCAAGCGAAGGGUCUUGCUGAAAGGUCCAGCAGCAGUGGCACCUACCCCCUCCUCACACCUGGAAUUCGCACCCACAGUCUUCUAGCUGCGAGUCCAGAGCCCUGACCACUCCUCCACGUGGACGGAGGAUGCUUUUAACAUUCUUAAGCAAGGGUCUUAAGCUCGGCUCCUGUCCGGCAGCUCCAGAAGUCUUCUUGUUUUUGUCCCAUCACGAGUUACUUAAUAAAAUGUUGUUUAAAUAAC